CUCAACAGCGAAACAUCACAAAAAUGGUUUGUGCUAGUAUGAACUCGUAAACGAGAUAUUUUGACAUUUUUACAUCCCUAGCGUCAUGGGAAAGACUUUGGACGAGUGCUACGAGGUUUUGGGUUUGGAUUUUAGCGCAACAGAAGGUAUUCUACCCGAUAAACGAGAGAGAAUGCUGGAUUUAGUGUGUGGUUUUCACACCUUUUCAGUCAUCAUGUAGCCGAAUGCAUGUUAUACUAGCUAUUGCAAGUUUACAGUCUUAUGUUUAGAAUCAUGCUUUUCUCAGUUGAAAGCAGCGAAUUUUCAAGGAAUUCUGAUCAGCAAGCGCGAAAUUACUUUCAUAUGAAACAGACAACCUGCGAGCAAAGCAGCUGCCUUCAUUUUGGCAGGGGCACCCAACGUCAAUUUUCGGAAAAUAUCUGUUCGGAAGACGAUUUGAGAUCUAGAAUUUUCGGAACACUUGUUGUAAAAUUUCUUGCUUGCCUGCCUCUCCUAGGAUUUUCGAACUACUAAAAAUGGUAUAAUUGCCCAUUUUUUAACGGAUGUUUACCCUAAAAAGGUCACCUUGAAAUUUCGGUAGCCUUUUUUCUGGCUGAAAUUUUCGAAAAGGUAAGUUUUGAUCCCUAUAAUUUUCGGAUCAUUAGACUUUCAGCUAGGAAAUCAGAACAGAUGAAAAAUUUUUAGGGGAUAAAAAUAUGCUUAUAUCUACCGUUUAAAUACUAAAACACGUUUAACAAUGCUGUGUUUAAGUGGUUUUGAACUAUAUUCUCGUUGGGUGCCCCUGUUUUGGCUCUUUAGUCUGUUAAAAGCUUAUCUGUCAUGAAUCAAGUGAAAUAUCCUUCUCUUUUUCAGCUGAAAUCAAGAGUGCCUACAGACAAAAAGCUCUUAAGUGUCACCCUGAUAAGGUACUGUGGAAUCUUUUUAUUUUAAAUAUUAUUAUUUUAAGUGCCAUAUUAUUUAUCUGCAAGGGGACUAACCAUUAUACAACCUCCCUAUGGAUGAGCAGAUUCCUAUGACAACUCACCUUCUUGUCCAAACCCUUCCCUUUUCAUGGGGAGGGGGGAAUGAAUGAAAAUUGCUCAUCCCAAGGCACUCAUCAAAUUGCUUUUCCAUAUGCUUGCAACAGCCACCCCAUUUAAAUCCUAAAAGAUCCCUUUUAACACCAGAGCACUGGGUUCAAAUUUACUCCAACCAAAAGGAGAUUAAGCAUAUCUCACCCUCCAAUAUAGAGCCGAUGUUGAAACUGCUCUCCCUAGUUACAUGAUUUACUCCAUUUCUCUCCCACCUUCCCAUCCCUGACAUUUUAUAGGCCUUCCCCCGAGCCUAGCGAGGUUCUGCAAUUCACGUAUCUCUAGUACUAGUAAUAAGCAAAGGUUAUCGAGUGGGGACAACACCCAUCAAAGGUCAAAACGUUGUGGCUCCAAUGCUGUGCUUUGCGUAAGUUUUACAUGAUAGAUAGUCAAAACAUGCAUGAUCAGAUUUCAAGGAAACAAGGUCCAAAUGCACAUGAUCAGAUUGUCUUCUACGCAUUCCAUUCAUCCUUAGUGGAAGUCCAAUCAAAGGCGGCAACAUAUGUGCUGUGCAUGCGUAAUAGCAAUCUGAAGAGUAGGAUUGCAUGGCUCCUCUUCUCACCCACAAAUAUUUUGUUUUUGCACUCCUGUUUUGCAAUUUUCUUGGUCACCAGCAAGAAAAUGUAAAUGGUUGAUGUUGCAUUUUAUGCUUUGGUCAUUCUUGUGUCUGCAGAAUCCAGAUGAUCCCUCAUCAACACAGAAAUUCCAAGAACUGGGACAUGCAUACAGGCGAUUAAUGGGUAAGAGUUCAUAUUUCAUAAGGGCGUCACUAGAGAAAACCAUGUGUUGUAAUGCUUGAAGAACAAGGCACAACACAAAAGAGCUACUCUAAUUUUAACAAGGUGAAAGUGAAGUGGCCAGGUACACUGCAGUUAAAGCUGUCAGUAGUGUAAUCUGCACUGAAAUGAAUGUUUGUACAUUCUUUUCAUAAAAUGGAAUGGUAUAAUGACUCACAUGUAUAUAGAUAAUUGUUUAUGAGCAUUUAAGGCAUUGAUAGACAUUCUUUCAUACGUGUAAACAAAAUAAUAAUUAUUGUUAAUUACCGGUAUUUCUUUGUAUCUGCUCCAUUACAUGCAGCCAUCAGGAGAAAGCCUAAGUGUUUUAACAGUUAGGCUUAAAAGACUCCUUGCAACCACUUGUUUGGGAUGGAAUAUCUGUUAUGAUAUGAUAUUGUACUCAUAAUUCAGUCAUAUAUAUCAAUAAAAAUGAUGAUGAUGAUGAUUAGAAUUCCCCUUAAUAGUGUUUGUGGUGCAAAUGUUAGUAAGGCCAAUCAAACAACUGUUAAAGCAAAUAUUAAGUAAAGGGUUAGGGUUAGAAUCCGAACUGGCAAUAGGCAAACCAUUUGGCUGUUUACAAGCAUGGCCUUGGGACUACUGCAUAAAAAUCCAUUUGGGCGGUACUUGAGCUCUGGACCAGCAUCUAUCCACUAGCUCGAGUAUUGCGAGCAGCCAACAGUGUCAGUUGUAAGCAUGUGGUAUUCAUGCUGUUGUUGGCAAUAUGUGUCCUGUAUUGGUCCCUACAGGGCUUCUGAUAUUUCGCGCGGUCGCGGACCCGCAAAAUUCAGGUAUUUCCGCGAAAUUCCAAAAAAAACGCGAAAUACCGUGAAAUCCGCCAGAAAUAUUUCCAAAUAUAUGUCGGCAAAACAUAUUUAAUACUUAUCUUGGCUAUUAGACCUGUUUUAUUCACCCCAAAGGUAUCUUAUAUCUUGAAACUUCGUCACUGCAACGAGUAAACAACGACCCAAAACUACCAGGCGUUUUUAGAUGAACGUUGCAAAAACUGGGUACUAACCAUAAUGUUAAUAGCUUUAGCAUUCGCUCAUUUCUCGAGCGAACUGUUGUGGAAAGAGCAAAUGAUUGUCCCUGUUAAAGAAACGUUAAAAAACGCUGGUCAUAUCAACACAAAAUUGAUCGAUUUUAGCUAAAUUUGCCCCCCAAAAAUCCAGCGAAAUCGGCUGUUUUUACUGAUUGUUUCUUGGCGAAGUUUCCCCCCGAAAUUUCCCGUGAAAUCGGCCGAUUUUUCUUAGAAUUUGUCCCUGAAAAUCCUUCGUAAUUUGACUUUUUCCCGCUAAAAUCCCGGGAAAUCGGCCGAUUUUUCUGCGAAUUUUGACUUUUCUCCCGCAAAAAUCCUGCGAAAUCGGCCGAUUUUUCUGCGAAUUAACCCCUGAAAAUCCCGCGAAAUUUUGCUUUUUUUUCCGCGAAAUAUCAGAAGCCCUGUCCCUAUGGAGGAUUGUUAAAAGUUGUAAGAAUGAUUUUUUUUAUUCAAUACUUUUUAAGUGAUGGCCCUCUUUUUUCUUAUAAUGUUUUUUUGUACUUUUCAAACUUUUAUUAAAUCCUGCACAGCGUUACAAUACUAACGUUACAUGACAUUGCAUGAUAUUACAUUGCAAUAAAUUACAAAUACAUUACAUUACCUUACACUAUGAACUUGAUGGUAAAGUAACUAUACAAAAAAAGAAAAAUAUGUUCUAAGUAGUGUGUCUGCCCAUUAAUGUGUUGAUUUUGUAAGUCAUUGUUUACUCCAGCAUUUGGAACUAAAGAUCCAACAUUCACUAUGAAUGACACUUGGUGCUUUUGUUUGCUAAGGUGAAGAAGACAGUGAUGAGGAAGAUGAUUACGAUGAUGAUGAUGAUAUGGAUCUCUGGAGAGAUGUAUGUCACAGCUUUAGACAUUGUUAAUUGUGCAAUACUGUAGCUGGAAAGACAGCUGAGUUAAAUGUCAGGGUUUGGAAAAACAACUGGGUAGGCGCCGGUUAAUAAAAUGUAUCUGGUCAAACUCAUGUUUGCAUGGACACAAUCCAUUCUUUGUUAGUCAAAUAGUGUUCAGUAAUAGCACAUGAAAACUAAUGGACCUCUGAAAGGACAAGCCUUGUAAUGGAACUAUAUAACAGACACUCUGAAAAAGUACUUUCCACUAAAAAUAAUGGCAAGACAACAAACACAACCAGCCAUCCAAUGUUUUAACCAAGUUAAUAACCAUUUUUGAGCAGAUAUUGUAGAGCAUGGAAAAAAAAUUAAAUUCAGCUAAUCCUUCUUUCAAGUCCUGUAUUUUCUGUGGCUGCUUAUGAGCCUCUCUCUCUCUCUCUAUUAAUUUCUUCAAUACUCCUGUUAAAAACCAUAACUGGCUUAUCAAUAUUCCUCAUUUCCCAUGAACUGGCAUUUUUUAGUCUUUGCUAGCCUCCAGAAAAAAUUUGUAUGGUUUUACUUCACUUUUGAUAAGAAAUGCAUAUUCCUUUGUCAGGUGCCAGAAAAAAAUCUGUGAGGGUGUGCUUAAAAGUAGACUGAUGAAGAGUAUGCUCUAGUAUAGUGUUUUUUGACAGUCCUAUACACAGGGUUCGUACCAUCUUGAAUUCUUGAAAAGUCGUAAGUUUGCAAAGCAACUUUUCAGACCUGGAAAAAGACUGGAAAAAUGGUAAAAAUUCUGUUUUUUUUUUCAAAGCUACAGCAAGUGCUUAAUAAGUGAAUUUUUUCCCGUAGUAAAAUCUCAUUCAAUCUUGUCCGUAGCCAAGAAUUUAAUCAUAGAAUGAGAAAUUUCUUAACUCUCUUAUGUCCGCAUUGCGCCUUUGUUACCAUACAUUUCCAAUACAUCAUGAAAAAAGCUUGGGUUCCUGCGUUUUUCAAGGUCCCUAUUGAUCACCUAUUUGGUAACCUUGAGUCCAGAAAAAUAAAGUAUUAUUUUUGAAAAACUCUGGAAAAAGUCUUGAAUUUUGGAUCCAAAAAUCUGUACAUGUGCAGACCCUGGUUACAAAAUGUUGAAAUUAGAAGAUCAGGAGAUGUAUUUAAUGCUUCUACUUAGGUGUUUUUAAAACAUUGUCCUCAUACAAAAAAUGCACCAUAAACCUUUUUUGUUGUUUUUCAGUUUUUCUUCUUUUUGUUCAGAGAUGAAAUCAUGGCUAAAGGUAAAUUAGUAUCAAAAGUAGUAUUAUAACACUAUGCAAAUUAAGCUUGAGUAAUGGCAUUAUUAAUUUAUAAAGGUUGAUGUUAUUUUAUUUUGAUAUACAAUGUAAUCUCUGCCAAAAGUACCCAAUCAAUAGAAGACACUUGGGUACAUGUACUUAGGUUCAAGGGUACAUGAUGCAGGGUGUGCCAAAACCUAUGUCCGAUUGUCUGGAACAGGUAGAAAUUUAGUUCAGACAUGUAUACCUUUGACAUGACUUUUCUGUGGGACAAGCACAUUUUUAAUUAGAAAAAAUAAAGAAACAGCUGAAAAUUGUCUUCAAAUUACAGUAAAAUUCAUCUUAAAAGUCAUAAAAGCAAACCUCGUACUUGACAAAAUAAGGUUAAAUAUUCCUUUUAACUUCACCAUCCCACAGUCAUUUUCAUUUGUUUUUAGGAGUUCCAUUUUAGGUUUAAGUCAAAAACAAUUUACAAGGGUAAUAAUGAGAUUAAAAACAUGAAAUUCCUGAUUGUUUUUGAGUUUUGAGUUUUGAGCUAAACUUUUUUGGACAACCAAAUUUGAUAAUUAUAGUGCUUGUCCGAAGGACAAGUGGAUGGGAAAAUUUUUCUCUUACUCUGUACAUGUAUGAGUAUAUCCUUUGUGAAUUAUUAGUAUCUUCUUACUUUUGUAACUUUUAGCUGGCUCUCUGCUCAUAUACUCUGUCAUAUUAUAUUUUUACACCAUGCAAGAUGGAAAGGCACCUCAUGUAUUUUUCUCUUAUUUAUUAUCAGCAGUAACUGCAUGUAUUUUCUUUCUUUUUUAUUGUAGUUAGAUGCAGAUGCAAGAAAUGUGGAAAGUAUGUGUACCAUUAAUGUACCAACCUCCAAGCUAAACUUGGUCUCCUUUUGGCAACCUCAAAUAAUGGUUGCAACAUAUUUAGUAUUGGUGACCAAGGAAAAAAGACAGUUUGUACAAUAUUACAUGAAGAGUUAACAGAAAUACAGUAAUAAUAAUAAUAAUAAUAAUAAUAAUAUUUAUCCAGGGAGCCCACUCGCCUUAGCAGUGUACAGUGGGGCUGUGCAAAUCAAAAAUGACAAGAUGACAAAAUGACAAAAAAAAAUCACAUACUUUAAGAUUGAUUUACAAAUAUAGCUAAUUUUAAAAUAGUUUAACUGUUAGAUAGGGCAUUAUUUACAAAGUCUUAAGGUGGCUCCGUAAUUAAUACAAGAGCAUUUAGCUGUGACAAAUUUUCUGUCAUAACUUUUUGGUUUUUAACGCGAUGGCUGCGAAACUUCGCAAAGAACAACAGAUAUCAUUCGGCAAUAAUACAAAAUUUUCCGAUUUCAUUGAUGGUAAAUAUUUCUUGAGAAAUUAGCGCUUAAAAGGACCCUACUGUUCAAAGAAAAUUGCGUCUAGUAAAAAAUUUUGCUGAUAUUUUUUACUGAAAUUUCUGGAAUCGGCUUUAAUUGAUAUAAUAUAUAUGCCAGAGGAAUUUCAGAAAAAUUGUUGGAGCAGAAGUCCGUAACUAAAAGUCGCUCAAAAUUCAGCUGUGAAAUUGUUUUGGAAUUUCAAAAAUAAAUUACUAUCAGGUAGAAGGAGCCACCAGUUUGAAUUUUUGGGACAAGUAAAUUCAACGUUUGCUAAUUCUUAAAACAAGAGCCGAUUGCCUAUCGUACUAUUCUUUAAAAGGUACUUUUUAGUUUUAGAGGCACUAUAAAUUGCUCCAAACCUUGCUCUGAAGUAGAAUGACUUGUUCUUCGACAUUUUUAAAGUAUCCCCUGGCAGUUUUGGCUCAAACUCCUGCUGCAUACAUUUUGAUGUAUUGCAAUGCAUUUUCAACGACUUUUGCUGCUGUUAGUUGCUUCCAACUCAGGAAAAAAGUAUUGACAUUGGACGCUACCUCGCAUCAGAGCUCAGAUAGAACUGUCCAGCACCUUUGUUUAUGACUACAAAAUGAGCACGGGCGGCGGUUCUGCGAGGAAUUCGCACCUCAACCAGGGGGGACGAAUGGCAAUGAUCCCCAUGUCUGUGAACCGAUCUGUAUAAACAUGUAUUGUAGAGCAAAACAUAAUAAUCAAGAAAAAAAUACCCAUUCAUUGAAGGAAGGAGUGACCAAAAUUUCAGAGUUGUAAAUUUAAUCACAGGCAGUAUUUUUGCGAUAAUUUUAUUUUGCACUGUGAUGUUAUUCGGUUCACAGGCAUUGUCAUCAAACUCAGAUAACUCAAAUUCUUGUUGAUUACUUUCUACCAUCAGAAAAUUUAAAUAUAGUUAAUGUAACAUUUUUUGUCUGAAUUGUUCCCUUUUUAGUGGAGGUGAUGAGGAUGAUGAUUUUCUAGCCUCGUUAGCAAAGGUACAUUUAAGUUCUAAUUGAUGAAAUCACUGUCGUAUUGUCAGGGUAUUAUGGUAAGUUGAGUAAAGAUUUUUAAAAAAGUAUUAUUAGAAAGAACUUUAGAAUGUUUAAACCAAAAAUCACAUUACCUUAGUUACCAGUACCUCAUUCUCCCUAUUUGCACCUUGGUUUACAGAGAAAGAGUUGGCCAUUGUUCCUCAGUUGAAGAAACCAGCUCAUAGACCAGACCACAUUUUUCAGCUGUACAGGCUAAAGGUUGCAACACACUAGGCAAUGAGUUGCUGCAACAUGUCGUGGUGACAAAUCACUCUGUUUGUAGAGGUCAGGCGAUAAGUUGCUGCAACAAGUUAUGCAACAAGUUGCAGCGACAAAUCGCUUCGUGUGUACUGGAGAAUUUUUGUGCUAAUCUUGGUCUCUGUUGCGAAGUCAAAUAGCUUCGCAAAAAUUCUCCAGUAAACAUGAAGCGAUUUGUCACCCCAACGCCUGUCACCUAGUGUGUUCUGAGCUUAACAGUACAAUAUGUCCCUCCUCAGCAAUUUUUUUGCAAUGUAGGUUGCUGAUCCUCAAAUAUCUUAAAUUGUUGCUCUGUAUUGAUUUAUCAUUGUAGGAGCAAGAAGAGAAGUAUCAGUUCACAGAAGAAGAGGUAUUUAGUCAUGCUUACCUGGACAUAAAAAACAGGAGCAUUAUUUUUGUGGCAAAGUAUUUAGCACAAAGAACUUGUUGCAGGGCAGUCCCUGCAAGGGUCAAGGACCAGGAAUUUCCCCUGGCUAGCAUGAGCAUGUCUCCUGGCUAUUUUCAGAGGAAACAUAGGGGAAAUAAAACCAAAAGAAUUUUCUAGCUUUUCAAAUCUUAGUGACAGUCAUUGAGCAAACUGUUUUUACUUCCCAUCCUGGCCAUGGAGGCAAGAUGGCCAUUUCCACUGGUGACCUAAGCCAUUUGCAGGUAGCCUGUGAACAGGCUCUCUGUUUGGGGAAAAAUAGCGAGGAAAGUGAAGGGAAAGGGGGGGGAGAGAGCCUGUAGACAAACAUUUGAGGCCACUAUUCCGCCUCUUGUAAUUAUCCUGCCGAUCAUCUGUCAGUAAGAUCGUUAUCGGUCAAUCAAUUUCGCGCAUGAGUAACUCCUGGGAAAAUUAACAGGAAAUGAGUGGUGUUUUGCUCUGUCUGAAAAAUGGAGCAUGAACCUCAUUGUUGAUUUUGCAAAAAGUCGUUGAUCUCCGGUAAGAGGAUUAAUAAGCCAUUCGUCUUGCUAGUUCGGUUUGUAAUUUAACAAGCCACUGCAAUGAGCGAACUUGGAAUGCGGAAGGUACGGAUACUAUCAUGACUUCUCCAGAACGUGAAGCUUCGAAGACAAGUACAAAGAGAUCAGCAGCGCUUCGAUCGCCGACAGGAAUUACAUGGUAGGCUGACACGACUUUUAGUUUAUGCCAAAAUGCUGCUUGUUCCCAUAAGUUUUUUCCUCUGCGGGGUAGAUUAUUAUCUGGAAGGUUCUACAUUGUCACUGAGCAAAUGUGAUUUUAGCCGCUUGUUUCACACUGAGAGGUCAUGGCAUACAUAUCGAUUUACUGCGGUUUUUGUUUCUGGUCGACAGGAUUUGCCCUCUGAUGUAAAAGCAUUUUCUUUGACCUCUUUUGAAGCGUAAAGCUUUUUAUUGCGGCUGAAUAAGGGUCUUUUCUCCAAAGUGCCUUCUCGAUCUGAAUAACUAAGCGAUUUUCUUUAGUCCGUAAAUGUAAUGUUUUUCUGCAAUGUUGUAUUCUAAUGCUGGGCCCAGCUCGUCAGUGUUUAAAAAGAUGGUUAUUUAUAAGAUUGAAAUGCAGCUUAAACCCAAGCAACAUCAGCCAUGGAGAAUAAAUUGCAUUGUGCUUUGGUAACUAUAAACUCCAGCUUAGUGUUCUUUUAAAGACAGUUUGAGUCUUUUGACCAGAGUGCGUAGUUCCUCCCCGUGGUAAUAGUCUUUGGACUAUUUUGUUAUUGCCACUCUGUGAUCAAAUCGCGUGCUAUGUGCCGACCGAAAAGCCGAUGUCAAUCAGACCUGUCAACAAUUAGUGUUCUCGCCAAUAGGAGCUUGCAUCUGGAUCUGAUGCACAGCGGGUGCCGUGGAAUGGCGGCCCCAAAGGUCUGUCCACAGGCCUUUUUCGCUUCUCCCUCUCCCCACCCCGCUCGACUAAAGGCCUGUUCACGGGCUAUUUGCAGGGUAAAGGCGAUUCUGUUCGUCUUCCUUCCUCAUUUUAAGAUCUUGGGUAUUGGUCCAGCCCAAUGACUUCCCACUCUGCAGAAAACAGUGCCACUCGUUGGCUUUUAUUUACAUAGUCACAUGUUGGGCAGCGUAUCAGUUAAUUUUUUCAAGGGGGGAGUCAUAUAGACCAUCUGAAGGGUCACCAAGACCAAUGCUAAUUUUUUUUUGUUACAUUUAAAUUAUCACUUAUGUGUCAUCCGUCAGGUCAGGAAGUCUUCUUUGUCAGGUCAUUGACCCAAGAUGGAACACUGGCUGGGGCAUUAUCAUUUGUUACAAUUUUAUGUAUACCAUAAGAUUGUACCUUUGGAUAUGGCAAUUGUAAAUAAUAUGAGCUGUGUGACAACACUUCAAAGUUAUGUCAGUUUAUAAUAUAUCAUUUUUUCCAAGAUUGUGUCUCACCAAAAAAUGCAAACAGUUGAAGAAGAACAUGCCCUUACCAUCUAUAGCAAUUAAUUUGAUCAAGUAUUAUCAGAUAUGUCAUCCUUAAAAUCCCUGUGAGUUGUAAAGUUUGUUUCUCUUGCAAUCCUAAGAUUUUUGGUGUGGUUUCUUUCUUUUUUCCACAGAUGGCCCAAUUCACAAGUUUUGCAAGUCUCAAAGAACAAAGAGAGGCAAACAAACGAAAAUUUUGUAAUGUGAGUAACAACAGGUCAUCAAAAACUCUUUACUUGUAUAAACAAGCGCCUAUAACCUCAUUUGUCAUUACAACAUUUUAUUUGAUUUUCUUCACAGAAGAACCUAUCUAGCCACAAACCUGAACAGAAAUCAGAUAAGGGGAACAAGGUAAGAUUUCUUGCAGUUCCUGGCUUUGUUUUUUAAACAGUGUAGAGAUGUGAGAUACAGCAGACCUUCAAAAUGCUUCUGCUUUUUACUUUUGGCCAAAAGCUUUCUUUGUAGGCUUUUACUCUUCCCCUUCCUACCUUUUACCUUCCUUUGUAAUCAUUCAUUCCACACACUGGUUCAGGGGUUUUUCAGUGGCAAUUUUGACAGGCCCUGUGAGGUCAGCUAUGGUUGGUUGCCAUAACAACCUCUUGGUUGCUGAGGAGAUUGUUUCCUUCCUUUGACGCUACCUUUAUGGUACAUUACCUCUAGUUCUUCAGUUGACUUAGAGUUUAAUGGUGCUCUUUUUUUCAAAACAUUUUCAUUACACUGCAGAACGAUCCCCAUUGAUACCAGCCUGUUGCAUAGGGGUUGCCAGGUUAGCCACAGAUAAUUUUUAAAGAUGAUCUCGCGGCCAGUCUUUUAUACGUUGUGGAGUACAGUACUGGUAGGGAUGCAACCUUGACCCAACAAACAUCUGUAAGGAGUGAGUCAGUACCAAUUUCAUUCCAGGUAAUCUCAGGCUCUCAAUAUUCCCUUUCAGCCAAAGCUAAAGAGCAACAAACAGCUGAAACGUGAACAGUGGAAAAAAGAAAAGGUAAGAGACAUUCUUUUUCUAUGUUCCUUAUGUUGCUGCUUGAAUUUAAUGAUCCAUUAUUCAACUUAAUUUUUUUUUCUGCUCUGUAUUCAUUUAUUUACCUGUUGUUUUCUAUUUUCCUUUUCUUGUUUGUAGGAAAUAUCUGAAAUAGCAGCUCAAAUUAAUCAAAAUCCAAAGCAACAAGAAAAAAAGGUAUGUUGUGCGGCUUUGACAUGAACCAUAGGGACCCCUACUUACUGCUGCUGAGUUCACCAUUUUCGUCAAAUUUUCCACCUUCUAAGGGGCCCCUCUUCACAUCUCAUGUUCACCAAACCCUUGAGAAUUUUCAUGUUAUAUGCCGUUUUUGCCACAUUCCCUUGGUUAUCACCUUUUCCCAUGUUGAUUGCAAAAAUUUGUCAAUUUCACUGUUUUUGUCAUUUUGUGCGUUUUUGUGAUGGCCAGGUAAACUAUUUGUUUCUUGAACAGGCUCUCCUCAUGCUGUUGAACCCUACUGGAAGAGACUAAGACAUAGAGCCUUUGAGUCCAUUACAAGAUUGUCAACUUUCUGUGAUUUAUCUCAAGUGUUACAUUUGACCCCCAGUUAUUUGUAAAACAAUUUUGGAGAAAAAAUUGACCAAAUGUUAAAACCACCAAAAGAUGAAAAGCAUUGGUUUUUUUUUAUCUGUUGAGUUAACAAGAUCUUUCUCCAAACUCUUUCAAUUUGUUGUUUCAUCACAGGUAUUCAAGAAGAAAGACCAUUACCUAGAUAAAAGGUAAAUAAUCCAGUCAUCAUAAAACUAUUUCUGAGUUUGAAAAAUUCCCACUUUCUAAUAAAUGUUAUUUGUUUUGAACAUGAAGCUUGGGAGAAAGGGCCUGUUGGUCAAUCUCAAAGUAUUUAUUUAUUCAUUCAUAUAUUUUGUUUAGAUUUACCGUUGAUUUUACUGAAGUGUUACUCUUUUUCACAGCUCCAAUCAACCUCUGACUUUGGAGACAGACACUACUAAAGAACAGACAGAUCAGGCUUCUUGUAAUAAGAGGAAUACAAGGAAGAAAAGAAACCGAAAAGUAAGACUGCUUCAGUAAUAAGGGUUCUACAAGUUGUUACCUUUCUCACAGUAGGGUUAUGUUACCCAUAUGUUUCAUGUAUUCCUUCUGAGAAGUGGAAUAUGCCACACGCGUGUCCACAUAAUGUUACUUGAAAUGAGACUUUUAUAAAUGGAGGUCAACACAAGUGUAUAACCUGACAUUUUUUUUAAACAUCUAAAUCAGAAUAAAAGUUAAGUGUAUAGCAUUGAGGGGCCUGCCAAAUCCUAAAUAGUUACUAUUUUUUCUCUUUAGAAAUCAAGGAAACAGGAAAACCAAGAAACAGACUCUAACCAGGAAAGAAGUAACAGUUUCAGAACCACUUUCCAACAGAGAGUAGCCUCCAGCUCAGUAACCCAAAAUGGCAUCAAAAAAGUCCCUCUUAAACCAGAGACCACCAAGAGACAAGAUAAUGUAACACUGCCACAUCACACUAAUUAUGCUCAACAAAAAAUGAAGCCAUCCUGCAAUCACAGAAAUUUACCAGAAUUGGGAAAUAACUCAGCCAUAUGCCCCAAGUGGGUAGGUCUUGGGUAUUAAACAUAUUUGAUAAAUAUGAGCCAUCUUAUAAGUUGCUCAUACUAGGAAGUAAAGUUAUCCAAAAAAGAGUGAAAAGGAAAAAUCGAGAUAAAGCCUCAACUUCUAAACCAGGGUCCCAUGAAUGACCUACUCAAGUAUUCUGAACGUUUUCAGCUGAUCAAGCAACCAACCAAAUUCCCGAAUCAUCACGUAACUCUUGUUUGACUAUUUUGUAAUUUACACUGAAGUUUUAAAUGGAGAGAAAUACUUAAGUAUAUUUGAAGCAUGAGAUAGUGUUGUUUACCCAAGAGUGAACAAGGGGCAACAAGAAAAAAGGGAAAAUGAUAUGAAACAGGAAUGCUUCUGGCUUAAACGAGUUCAGACUUCGUAUCAGUCAUUUUCUUAAUUUUUAAUUCUUUUCAAUCAAAUAACCUGUUCCAGGCGUUCAGAUAGUAGAGCGCGGGAGAAAAAUUCACGAAAAGAAAAGGAUGGGAGACUAGAGAGGGAAAGGGUGAGAGAACUCUCGCUCUCACUCUCCCCCCCGUUUUGCCGGUGUACAAUUUAACUCGCUCCCCACUGACCACCGCGCUCUACUAUCGGAACGCCUGGGACAGGCUAUCAAUCAAAGAACUGGGAUGCUUGGUUGACAAUUGUUAUUUUUAUUAAUUUUGCAAUAUCUGCUUUUGUAUUGCAGCCUGAGAGAGGGUCGUUUCAAAGUCCCAGAACAGUGACUACAGACUCAAGAGCACCUUGUGCAUCAAACAUUUGGCAAAAGAGACAGGAAAAACAGCAGUUCCUGGCCGAACUUCAACCUGCUACUCAAACAGAUGAGGAGCUGCAACUACAAAUUGCUUUAGAACUGAGUAAAAAGCAAGCAGAAAUUGAUGCACAGCAAAGGUAGAGAUCAAAAUUUCUGGAAAACCCAAAUACAGUUAAACCUCCCGUAAGCAACCACUCAAAAUGCCAGGAUGUAGUGGUCGCUUAUAGGUGGUGGUUGCGUACGAGAAUCAACCCAGAGGUGAUCUGAGAAGAGUUCACGACACAUCUACAUUUGGGAGGGAAAUUUAUUGCAUGCAAUUUCUAAGUUAAAAUGUGUACACUUCCAUGUUAUCACUCAAUGUUCCUGAAAUACCCUGAGUGGUGAAAAAAAUACUGUGAACAAAGAUAUCACACCAUGCAUUAAGCGGUUGCAAACAAUUGAAAUUAUAAAACCAUAAGCCCAAAGAGUGAUCGCGGUCGCUUAGGAGAGGUGGUCGUUUACGAGAGUUUUUAAUAUUAUAUCGUGGGGCUUUGACUGGGAAAAUGGUGGUAUUUUGGAUAAAUUGUUACUUAUAGGAGGUAGUCGCUUAUGAGAGGUGGUCGCACAUGGAGGUUCGACUGUAUUGUGAGAAAUAGGCAGCAGUGGUUACAAUAACUGAAGCAUUUCUAAAAAACUUUGUAAUUGUUCUGACCAUCUAGACUUACUAACAACAUAGCAAAGGGAUUAGAAAAUGCAUUGAUGCCAUACCUUUUGCACAUUGUGUGCCUCAUAUACUCUCUCUCACUAUUCCCUCCUCCCUCCUCCCUCCUCUCAAGAAGGAUUAAGCAAGUUAAAAAUAAAAAUAGUUGUUGCAUUGAAAGUAGUCGAAAUAUACGAACAAACUUGACUUACCUGUUUCUUCUUUUCUUGGCAGAGAAAUCAGCAUCUUGGAGAAACAAGUGGAGGAAACACUUCAAAUUGGAAAGAGUGCUCAACUGGAGGCUGUUGGCAAUGGUGUUUCCAGUGAUCCUGGCAGUUAUCCACCUGCAGGGGAUUCCCUUGGGAGUGAGCAAGAAUGUGAUGUGGUGGACCCUUUGGAGAUGGAGGAAAACUGUGACGCAGAAGAAGAGUGGGUUGUGGCUUCAGCUAGUGAAGAAGAGUGGAGUGAUACUGAUAAGGACGAUAAUGAGGCUGAUAAAAUGGUGCCAAUAACCGAUGAAGAUGAAUGGGACAACUCUGGUCUUGGUGAAGUCGAAGGGGCUAAGGGCUGCCAGAACUCUUACAGUGACCCUGAUGAGAAACACCGCGAUAAAUUGCCUGCCAGCAGCUGUGACUUUGGUGGAAGAGAUAAUAUAACACUGCAUAACUCAGCCAUGCAGUUGUCUGGGUAUUCUGCAGAUGACGGCCUACAAGCUUGUCCUUUUGGGAAGAAUUGUUGCCUGGGAAAGCGGUGCAAGCACUCUCAUCCUGUGUCCGUUGACAAGAGGAAGAGACAAAAAUCAUUUAUCGACGGGUUUGUAACUCAGGAUGAGCAUGACUCUACCAGAAGUGGGAAAAAGGAUGAUGAUAACAAUGACAUGCAUAACUUUGAGGAAAAACAUGACAUUUCGCGUGGUGUGUCUGGUAAAGAGCUACCAGUGUCUGCUUUCUCUGAUGUCAAUUAUUCUGCAAUCAGCAGUGGGCGUUCAUUCAGCACGGCAAAAUCUGACCCUAGCGAUUCCGCCCCAAACGACCUUGUGAAAGUUAUAGAACCAGAAGUAUCUGCGAUGCAACUCCGUGAAAGUUCCAACCAGCCUUUACCAGUUACCUCCAAACUUGAAAACAUCAGCCCAUCUUUGAUGAACAAUAUUAUGCCUGGCUUGAAGUCCUAUGAAGAUGGGCCAUUACCAACUCAUCUCUUCGGGUUUUACUCGUCACGAUAUUUGUCACUGCCAAUACCUUCUCACCUUGCGCAGUUUUUACGACGUUCGCAGGUCCUUUUUCUACGACGGCAAAGAGCACGUCUACAACCCUUAAGAGGUGGAGUUGCAACCUUCCCAUCUGCAGGUGCAGUGAGACAGUCGGCCACUACUAUACCACAUGUUGGCAAUUUAUCAGCUGAUGUGAAAGUUCAAAAUUCAGCAUAUCGUACCAAUCAGCCCAUUAACUACGUCAAGCCACUUCCAAGCUCCUUGCCAGUGGGCUUCUCUGCUCCUUUCUCUCAAAGUACUGGACAAACUGAAUUGUUUUCUGCACAUACACAUGAACUACCGCAGAACACAGCAGUUCCAUGUGCUGGUGGUGAUGUACCACCAAACUCGGGAACCGGUCAUCAGUCGUCCUCUGUGGAGUCCAGGCCUUUAACCCAGCAGCCCAUGGCUGUGAAUAAUUACCCAGCAAUGCCAGGUUUCCCAUUAUUCCCUCUCGGAAAUCUUCCAUUUCUCAAUACUGCAAAUGUUGCUUUACUUAAUCAGAGUCUACUGGCAAUGGCAUCUUUAGGUAGAAUGCCCCUUCCAAUAAUUCCUGGACCCUCUAGUGGUGUGCAGAACUCGCCACAAGGAAGAGGGAAUGCUAUGUACCCAGGAAUGCCAUUGUCAUAUAGUAUGAAAACCAUUGAUGGCAGUGGCGUAACAACAAAAGUUGGCACUCUGCCCACUUCUUCACUCAUUGGUCAGUCAGGAGCACCAGCGGUAGAUAAUGCGUCGGGAAUGGGACUUCCGCCGCUGCAGUCAUCCCAAGCAGGAGUUGUCACCAGUGGCAGUUCUCAAGCAAUGCCACAGCUAAAUGGGCUAUCCGGACUUCCGCUUGCAGCAGCCAUGCAAGCAUCAGGGUAUCCACUGCAGCCUUCACGGUUAGGCCCUCCAAACAGUUCUCAGUCUACAGUACAAGCCAUGCCACAGGUUGGUAGGUCUGCAGGAAUUUCUUUGGGAAUACCCAUGUCAGGGGCAGCAGUGCAGCCCUCGCAAUGCCUAACCAACACCAGUUCGUUAUCUUCGACGGGUUCCAUGCCACCACUACAAGUAAAUGCUUUAACAGGAAUGCCAAACGUGUUCGGUGCAAGCCUUGCCGCUAUUCCUCAAUCCUCUGCGCUAGAUACGUCACAGCUGCUUGGAUUACCGUUACCUUUCCUCAACUCACAAGCACUCCUUAACAUGAACGCACAGAUGGCCUCUUUGGGGGUGCCAUUGGUAAACCCUUUGGUAAACCCUUUGAAUGACAGUCAGACAACAUUGAAAUUACAGUCUGGGCUGGUAGCGUCGCAGAUUCAAGCCAAUGGAGAUGAUUACAAAGUGAAUACAGUGAAACAACCUGGCUCUGAGGCACAAACACCAGCGGAGCCGAGGAUUGAAGAAGGAAGAGAAUGUAGUGGUAUUAGGCCCAAAGCUCCAUCCUUGAGAAGGCCAUCUACAGGUAAUUCUGAAUGAUUGACAAAACGUAUAGAGCAUGUAGUGUUAGAUUUUUUGCGUACUAUCAUGUAUUAGACAUAAACUCCCUAGUGAUCCAACAAAAACGGCAACAAGACCAAUUGUAAGUACCGGUAUUUUUGGAUUUUAACGUCUCGUUCACGAGACAGCCUUCACUACAUUGUGCAACCCCCCCCCCCCAUCCUCCAUCCCUUAUCAAAUCCAGCGUCAGCAUAGAUAAUUCUACCUGACAUAUCAGAAUUUUUCAAGAAAUGGGCAGUCCAGGCCAGGUAGGGCUGAAGGUGCCCCUGACUGAAAUUUCAGCAGAAUUUAAUUUUUGAGCUUUUGUCCCUGUUUGCUUGGCGUCUCGCCAGCCACAUAACACUGGUCAUUGUUAAGCUUUCGCGACAGACUGUGUCAAUGUUGUACCGAAUUGCACUAUGGCCCUAUUUAAGGUGCGCCCAGGAAACGGCGGCAAAAGCCCCAUAGUGCAGUUCGACACGACAACGACCCAGUCUCCAGGGAAGACCUUAGAUAACAAUGACCUCAACCUGGUUGUUGCGUCCAAGGGGUGCUCAGUCUCGCGGGCUCAUAAAACCUGGUCUCGGUCGUUCUUAUUUAAAGAUUUUAAGUCUCAAGCGCCUUCUGAAAAUGGCCUUUUCUCUUCUGUAUCUUUGACUUAGUUCAGCUUAUUGUGCCACGUAUCUGAAAGGUCGUCAACUUUAUUCCUUUGUUAAAUUUAAUACGGAAGUACUAAAUUUUCCCUCUACAUUAGAUUAGUAAGUAUGGCAUGAUAGUCCUUGCAUGCAGUACUACCUUAACCGACGUUUCACAUUUUCAACAUUAACAAGUUCUAUAUGGUAUUCAAAAAUAGGUUCUUUUUUCUUAUUUUUGGCAGUACCUAAAGUUAUCCAACAUCAGACAUUAAAGUAAAUGAGGCUGCCUACACCAGCUGUGCUGUUGCCAAGAUG